AUGGUAUCGUCGUCUGGAGAUUUACGAGCCCACCUCCGAGAGGCGGACUUCGCCCGCGCGAGGGCGGAUGGGAAGUGGGCCUUCUCUAACGGCGUCGUUACAACCGCUAACGGUCGCCGAGGGCGGCUGGCGCUAUCGGCGGCGCUGGGCGGGCGGAAAGCCGCCGCGGCUAACGUCCCGCCCGCCCCGGCGCUUCCGCACUUAUUUACACCGACGCGGGCCGAUAUGUUUCCGGCGAUCGCUAUCGGGCCUCCAAAGGGUCCACCGCCUCACCCGAAACCGGUCAACCCGAUCCGAGUGUGUGCCGUGUCGGGUUUUUUCCGGUGUCUCAUUAGAAACGCGCCGCUGACAACCUCGACUCGCGUGGAGAUCCGUGUGCGAAUU